AUGCUCCACCCCAUGACCACCAACAAGGCUGGGAAUGAUCUAGAACAGGCUCCCCCGGCGACGAUCGCCGCCCAGCAGGAAAACGCGACGAGAGCCCCCUCGCCCCCGGCUUCGGUGGCGGCCCUGGGGCCAUCGAUGUCCCCCGGUGCAGCCGCCGCCGCCGCUACCGCCGCACCACCAACAAGCCACAGCAUCCCGCCCCGGCCCAUCCCGAUCCCACCUGACCACGAAGCCCCAGCAGCCGAGAACGUUACGAGCGACAAUCCGACGCCAUCGCAACAGCUAGAGGAGGAGGAGACGGGCCGGAGCCAGAGGGACUCGUCGUCAGGGGCCGGGGACAGCGGCAGCGCCGCCGGCGCGGCAUCGGCCUCCUAUGGGGCGGCGCAGUCCUUGAUGCCGCGCAACUUUAGGAUCAGCCUCGACGGGUACACGCUGCGGACAGAUGGCGACGGCAAGUACGCCGCGUACCGCAUCAGCGUCACCGCCGGGCUGCACACCUGGCUCGUGCUCCGCAGGUAUCGCCAGUUCCUCUCCCUGCACACGGCGGUGUCGGAGCACCUGAAACCGGAGGACGUGCCGCACCUGCCCGGAAAACGCCUCCUGGGGAGCAGCGUCGACCCAUCAUUCGCUGAAGCCCGGGGGCUGGCUCUACAGGUGUAUCUUCGCCAGCUGGUGUGCGUGAGCGCGGCGUGGCGUGUGCCCCAGCUCACGGGCUUCCUGGACGAGCGUGCCUCGAUGAUGGGGGUGCAGACCCAGAUCGGGGAAGUGCUAGACCAGAUGGACCGGAUGAGCAGCCUAUGCGUGGACCUCCAGCACCAGCUGAGUCUUUCUCAGAUGCAGGUGCAGGGCCAGAACGAGCUGGUGGAAAACCUGUGCCGCAGGCUUCAGCAGGUGGACGGGGGCGCAGACCAGGCGGCGGCGUACAGCUUCGGGUCGGGCCCCGGGAUCAUGCGGCGGAUGAGCUCGAUGUCGUUUACUACCGGCGGCAUGGCGGGGUCGGCGGCGGCCGGGUUCGGGGGGACGCCGGUCCCCUCGGCGGCCAUCGACAUGUCGGACUUGAACAAUCUGGUGAAGCGGGUGGAGAGCGCCAAUCAGCUGGCCAUGAAGGUGGACAGCGACGACGAGGACGACGCCGUCGACAAGCUCCUCGAGCACCAGCACCAGAUGAUGAUGCGCUCGUCCUCCUCCUACUCGCUCGCCUCCAACCCCGACGCCGGCAUGCAGCGUCUGGACCGAAAGGAGUCGAACGAUUUCUUCUACAUGGGCAGCAUCGAUGCCGGAGGGAGCACCCAGCUCCCAGGGGAAGGGGACACGCAAGAAUCGUCCCCGGACGUUGCAAACGGCGAGGACGCCGCCGGGGACAGCAGGAGAGGUCGGAACGCCGCCGUGCCGAUCACCAUCCCCGUUCCCGAGGGGUCGAUGCCUUCCAAGGUGUGGGAAAGGCUUCGGAAGGGGGGUUCGCUGCUGGGAGACCCGGAGGAGAGGAUGAUGGCGGAGGGGCAGGACGGGAACACCCCUGGCUCCGGCACGGUCAAGGACAUCUCCCGCUCCAUGUUCGGCCUGUCCAGCCCACCCCAACCCCCACCUGGCGCACCGCCGAACGCCCCCCGCUGGCCGUCCUCCCUGGCGGCAAUUUUCGGGGGCGGCGGCGGCGGCAGCGGAGGGAACAAUAACAGUUCCGGUACCGUCGCCCCCUCCACCGGUCCUGUUGCCUCGGGCGGCGGCGGUAGCGGUAGCACCGCGAUGGUGCCCGCUGGCGGUGUCGGCGGGGGGGGUCUGUCGGACGUGGAGGAGAUCGCCCUGCCGUUGGACAUCCUGCCGAGCAACAAGCAGCCGCUGGCGAUCGACCGCAGGGUGGAUGACCUGCUUAGGCUGCUCAGGCCGGCGCCGAGGGCGGAGGGGUACCGCAGGAGCGUUUUCCGGUUCGUGACGAGACAGGUAAAGCGGGCUCUGGGGGCCCAGUGCUUUCCCGUGGGGGGGUACGCCAUCCAGGCCUACCUGCCCGACGAGGAGGUGGGCAUCUCGGCGUUCCUGUGCCACGGCCAGGAGAAGAGCUGGUUCGUGCGCGUGAACGAGACGCUCUGCAAGGUUUCCAGUGAGGCUUCGGAGGAGGCGGCGGAGGAGGAGGGGUCGGGGACAAGUGUGGGGGGUUGCCCCGAAAAAAUCACGGCCGUCGGCGAGGGGGCUACGCCGAAGCAGGAGGGGGGGGAUGGCGGCGGCGCCGCAAUCAGGAAGGAGGAAGGGUCGAGCUACCGCCACCGUCUGAGCAACGUGAACUUCAUCAACAUGGGCCGCGUCCAGAAGAUCAAGUGCGUUGUGGACAACCAGGUGGCGGUGGACAUCGGCGCUAACCAGGUCGGGGACAUAGCCACCGUGGCCCUGCUGGAGGAGACCGACCAGCUGCUCGGGAAGGACCACCUGUUCAAGCGGAGCCUCCUGCUCAUCAAGUCUUGGUGGGUGUACGAGAGCCGAGCGUACACGGGGAGCAACAUGCUGUCGAGGAUCACGGAGUCAGCUCUCGCUACCAUGGUGCUCGCCGUGGUCAAUCAGCACCACGCCAGGUUGCACACUCCGCUGCAGGUGAUGGCGCUCUUCUUCCAAAUGCACAGCCACUUCGACUGGAGCCGCUACUGCUGGUGCAUCGAGGGGCCCCGCAGGCUGGACACCCUGCACACCAACAGCAACUCGGCCUCCGCCACCGCCGCCGACCUCGCUUCGAACAGCAACCACGGCGAGGGUUCCGCCGCAGCCGCGGUUAUCGGGGAGGGGGAGGGGAUCGGAGCGGCGGAGGCGGUUGGAGACCUGGCCGAGGGCCCGGCACCGCUCCUUCUCUCCCAGGAAGUCCUCAACCGCUACCGCCUGCGCCAGACGGGGAGGGGCCGGAACCACGGCGGAAGCACCGGCGGCGGUGGUUCCCAGCGCCACCACCACCAACAGACCGCCGGCAGCGGCGGCAGGAAGUCUCCUCAGAUCGGAGGGACGGGCGCCCAGUCGACAGGGGAGCCGGGAGAGUCGAUGGCGGGAGCGGCCGGUGUUCCUUCGGUGCCCGGGGCGGAUGGCGGUAAGGAGGACGGCGUGGUGGUGGGAGCGGGGGCGGCGGCGGCAGCGGCGGCGGCGGCGGGGGCCGGGGAGAAGAAGAAGCUGUUCCCGAUCCGCAACAUGAACGUGAUGAACCCGCUGGACAGCAGCGACAACCAGAUAGACGAUACGGUUAACCGGCGGAGGGCGGCUCGCAUGCACAGCCUGCUGCAGAUGGGGGCACGGCAGCUGCGACCCGUGCUGAUGCACUUGAGGCGCGAGGUGACCAAGGCGCAGCGUGGCCAGCCCGACCCACCGCACCCGGCCCACCUCCACACAACGAGCGUGGCGAUGCUGGAGAACUUCUUCGCACUCAGCUGGGCGAGGUUCGGGCAGGGGUGGAGGCCGGACGUGCCGCCCCACCUGGACAGAUGGCAGGAGACGAGACUGGUGUGCAUACAACUAGCGAUUGGGAUCAUUCUCCAGGUGGACCUCCAGAGCGUGCGCGACUCUGUGAAGUACUGCUGCUUCCUACUCGAUGCGGAGGUGACCGACAGCGCGCUGCUCGCACUGUCGAAGGAGAUCCUGUCCGAUAAGGGCUCGUUGCCGGUGGGCGAGAUCGGCAAGCUCCUGCAGGAAGCCACGGCCAACGCCUCCCUCAGCCAGACCCUCAAGGACCAGUUUGGGGGCCUCAAGAAGUUCCUCGAGAAGUACCCUGGCGAGUUCGUGAUAGCUGCGGACCACCCGUUCAACCCGCACGUGUACCUCAAGUCCGCGCUGACCGCCGAGGAGUUGGACAUCGUCAUGCGCGGGGGCACAGUUGUUCAGGCCUGGCCUGCCGUGCGGCGGAAUUUUGUUUCGGCGCCGUUCUCUGACACGGGCGUCUGA